CGGGGAACGCGGGGAAAAGAGAACAUGCAAUCGACGGCGUGGCGGUGUUGUGCGAGUCGUAUUCCUGUCGUCCUUUCAACACGUUGUCAUUCGUUCCUUGCGGCAGCUAGAGUUGAGCAGCGUUUUCUUAUUUCGCGCGACAUCCAUUCCGGUCCGAACAACAAACGGCGACCGCAUCUAGUGGCGUUUUCUACACCUACCGGCCGAGUUAUCUCUUGCAGUCGAAGUUUUGUACACAGCGCAUCGAAUAUGACGGCCAGCAAGUAUCAAAUCGCAGAGCGUGGCGCCCCGAACUCCACGGACUACCGGGUGUACUUUAAGAACGAAAACGGCCAAUCUAUUUCCCCCCUGCACGACAUUCCACUUUAUGCGAACGAUGCUAAGACGGUCUACAACAUGGUGGUGGAGGUUCCCCGGUGGACGAACGCAAAAAUGGAAAUUAGUCUGUCCGAAGGGCUGAAUCCGAUCAAGCAGGACGUGAAGAAGGGCAAGCUACGUUUCGUAGCCAACUGCUUCCCGCACCACGGUUACAUCUGGAACUACGGUGCAUUCCCGCAAACAUGGGAAAAUCCCGACCACCUCGACGCGGAUACCGGCUGCAAGGGCGAUAACGAUCCCAUCGACGUGCUGGAGAUCGGCUCGCGAGUGGCCAAGCGGGGUGAGGUGCUGCAGGUGAAAAUCCUCGGCACCAUUGCACUAAUCGACGAGGGCGAGACGGACUGGAAGAUCAUCACGAUCAGCGUAAACGACCCGGUCGCCGAUCAGGUGAACGACAUCAACGACGUGGAGACCGUGUUCCCCGGCUUGCUGAAAGCUUCGGUCGAGUGGUUCAAGAUCUACAAGAUUCCGGACGGCAAGCCCGAGAACCAGUUCGCAUUCAACGGCGAGGCCAAGGAUGCUGCGUUUGCCACCAAGACGGUGGAGGAGACCCAUCGGUUCUGGCAGCAGCUGGUGAACAAGGAGGUCGACGAUAAUGGAAUUUCCUGCCUCAACACCACUGUAGAUGGAUCGCCAUUUCUGGUUGCAAACGAUGCCGCCGAUGAGGUGUUUGCCAGGAGCUCAACUGGUGGUAAUUCCGAGCCCGUUAGUGAGACACUCGAUAAGUGGCACUACAUUACGUUGAAGUAGACCGCAACACAGGCCAACAGAACUGAUCAACUGCAAUAACACUAACGGAUCGCUACCGAACAACGCUGCAUGAUAAUGAUGUGUAUUUUUACUUAAACAUAUGAUAGCAAGCAAGUAUCAGCACAGAAAGUGUUUCCUUGAGACACUGCACUCGACUUAUUCGAAUCCUCCCGCGUUUGGGAACGAAAGUUUAUUUAUUGACAUCGCACAUCAACAUCGUAUGGACACACGAGUUGGCCGGAAGAAAGCCAUGGUGUAGUUUAAGUAACAACGAAAGUGUUGCAGCAUUUAAUAAAAUGUGUUACCUACGAAUCAAUGAAAUC